CAUAUCUUAUGUCUCUUCUAUAACGCAGCCAAUCUCUCUCUCAUUCUAUCUUCUCCAUCUGUCACUUUUGGUGUUUCUGAUUCCUGCAUCACAGAGUAUAUUCAGUUUGAUGAGUAGACAUCUAAAACCCUUCAUGGAGUCUGGUGUCCAUCGUUCUCAUUGUUUCGAUAUUUUUGAAGGUGUCCCAUUACAAGACGACCAUUUCAACUCGGCAUUCCUACCAAACACCGACUUCAAUGCCCAAUUGCAGCCAGCCUCGACACGCAGCGACAACAAUCAGUCUCAGUUAGACCCAAAUGCAUUAAACAUUUUCCAUAACGAGGGGCUUCUUCCAGAAGAAAGAAGGGCGAGAAGAAUGGUCUCUAACCGGGAAUCUGCAAAAAGGUCACGUCUGCGCAAGAAGAGGCAGAUUGAAGAGCUCCAGCAACAAGUUGAACAGCUCAUGAUGUUGAAUCAUCACUUAUCUGAGAAAGUCAUCAACUUGUUGGAAAGCAACCACCAGGUCCUGCAAGAGAACUCACAGCUGAAAGAGAAAGUCUCUUCCUUUCACUUGCUCAUGGCGGAUGUGCUAUUACCCAUGAGAAAUCCUGAGAGCAACAUCAAUGACCGCAAUGUGAAUCAUCAUCUAAGAGGAGAAACGUCAAACCGUCCCACCAACAACAGCCCCUUUGGUAAAUAAGAUAGAAGUUUCAUAUCCCACUCCUCCUCGUUCUUGGUGUGUUUAAGUUUAAGCCAGUAGUACUGUGAUUGACCCAUAUAUUUGUGACUUCUAUACGACUAUACUGCAACUACUUAC